UACAUUGUGCUGAUAGCUGCAUUGAAUGCUUUCGCUCGCUGUUUCAUGAACUCAUACUUCUUCUUGGCAGCUUUCGGACCAUCUGUGCGCAAGUAUCUAUGGUGGAAAAAAUACAUAACUCAACUCAUACUCGCUCAAUUCGUGGUCGGAAUCACUUUGAUGAUUCCUUUAUUAUGGAAAGGAUGCCUGGUUUCAACCGCACUUGCGUAUUGGCUGUUAGCAAAUAUUCUCUUUAACCUCAUCCUUUUCGCCAAAUUUUACAUCGAGUCAUACAAAAAGAGGAAUCAAGUACGAAUUGAGACAAAGAUAAAUGAAUCAUCGAUGAUUGAAGAAAAAAACAAAUAAACGUGCCUGGCCAACCAAUGAACUGGAUUAGCUACUAUUAAUUUUUUAGCAAUAAUAUUUCAGCUUAAGGCGUCAUUUUACAUUGGUGUUUUGUUGGAGUUAGGAGCUAUUGUUUUUUUUAGAGAAUUAGUAAUACCAUCGGAUUUUUAACAAACUUGCGCACUACUCUGAAUGUUGAGUUCAAAAAUACUCGUACUUGCUACGUGUAAAAAUUCAAUUGAGUCCCGAUGAAUUUUUCUACGUUCAAAAAAUUCUUUCUAGAGCGGCACGACUAAAACAGCACGGGAAAAACAACUUGGCGCUUAAUAGCUUUUGCAGGUAACCUUGUAUAAAUAAA